AGUCCAAAGAGAGUGAGUGAGUCGAGACUGAGCCCUCUGUCCGUCAGAGGGAGUCGAGUGCUUCUGCUCAACGUGUCUGUUUGGACCGGAACCCUCGAAUUCGUUGCGCACAAUUAGUGUUUGUCUCGAGCUGCAUGAGUUUCUCUUCAUUCAUCCUCCUCCUUCAACUCUGAGUUGAUGCUUCACUUCUGCGCAGCGCGCGCCGGACUCUCUGGAUUAUAUUCUAGAACACAAGCGAUCAUCUCCACAUCUCCACACAUCUGAGAUUCACCAAGACAAAAUGUUGUGGAAAUUAGCAGAUAACGUGAAGUAUGAAGAUGACUGCGAGCAGGAAAGACAUGAUGUUAGCAGCAAUGGGAACUCUCGGUUACCUCACAUUCCAGCGGUGAGCCAGCACCUCUACAGCCCGCCACCGUCCCUCUCGCACACAGCCAGCUCGGACUUCCAACCCCCGUACUUCCCUCCCCCUUACCAGCCUCUACCGUACGGCCAAUCCAGCGACCCGUACUCUCACCUGGGCGACCCGUUUAAUAUCAACUCGAUACACCAAACUGCAGCCUCUAAUCAGCAACAGUCAUGGCCUGGACGGCAAGGUCAAGAGGCCCUCGGGACCCACGGCCGCGUCGGACUCGGCAGCCCCAUUCUGGGCCUCGAAGGGGGCUCGUCCGGGAUGCGCCGGGAUGGCUUCAGGAGACCGGAUCUGCUGCCUCCGCACAUUCAUGGAAUUGAAUCCAUGGGUGAUAACAUCGGAUUGCACGAUAUAGGCCACGGAUUGGAUGACGUUCAGCAUGAAGGUGAUCACAGUAGUGUAAUUCCUGAUCAUACAGUCAUCAAAAAAGGUCCAGUGUCCCUGCCAAAGGGAAAUGCGUUUGGAAUUCCCUUUCAGAAGGAGCCCCUGCUGGGAAUGGUGUCGAAUCCCACCGAGGUCUUCUGCUCAGUACCUGGUCGUCUCUCUCUUCUCAGCUCCACUUCCAAGUACAAAGUAACUGUGGCCGAAGUUCAGAGACGCUUGUCCCCACCGGAGUGUCUAAACGCAUCCCUGCUCGGAGGGGUAUUACGCAGGGCAAAGUCAAAGAACGGCGGCCGAUCCCUGAGGGAGAAACUGGAUAAAAUUGGGCUGAACUUGCCAGCGGGUCGCAGAAAGGCUGCUAACGUCACCUUAUUAACCGCCCUGGUGGAAGGCGAGGCCGUUCACCUGGCGAGAGAUUUUGGGUAUGUCUGUGAGACAGAGUUUCCCGCGAAGGCCAUCGCCGAAUACCUUGGCCGACCGCACGUGGAACGCAAUGAGGUCAACUCUCGCAAAACCAUGCUCUUGGCAGCCAAGCAAAUCUGUAAGGAGUUCACCGACUUGCUGACUCAGGACCGAUCUCCUCUGGGAAACUCUAGGCCAGCUCCCAUUCUCGAGCCAGGGAUUCAAAGCUGCCUGACUCACUUCAGCCUCAUCACCCAUGGCUUCGGCUCUCCGGCCAUCUGUGCGGCCAUGACCUCGCUGCAAAACUACCUCAACGAGGCGCUCAAGCAGGUGGACAAAAUGUACAUGAGUUCGACCGGAGACUCCUCGCAGGCCUCCUCCGACGGAAACGGCAAGGUAGACAAGAUGGACAAGCACAGAAAGUGAGACUUGUUGAGUUGCGGUUGAACUGGAUUGGACCGUUUGAACGCAAUAACCCGUUUUUUUGUAGCGGAAUCACAUUUUUACCAGAUCUGACUCAUCGUUGUCUGUGUAGUUGUCGAUUCUAUUUCCGUUUUUCGACAUCAAGGUUAAGCUUAAGCCCUCUUGGUCCAAGUCUUGGUCUUCCAGCACUUUCUCCUCUACAAAGACACAAACACAUUUCAAUGCUUAGCUGUGUAUCGGCCGAUCCCCACGAUUCAGGCGGUCAUCAGGAAGUUGUCUCUCAGAGGGGAACUGCAAAGAGGAAGUUGUUGAGUUUCCCAAAGACACCAUUUCAAGAGUUAAUGUGGAUUUUAACAAUGUUUUCUUUCGCUACCAAUCUGGGAGGAGGAAGUUUUGCUUCUCUGUGUCCUCCUCCUUGGUGCUGACCUCCUUACCAAUGAUGUGAUUAUGUUUGAGACAUUAUAACUAGUUCUAUGCUUGACUUCAUUGGACGCAGUGUUAUUGUUCUUCUGUUUGUGGGAGUGUUGUUGGCAUGAGCGACUGUUUUGUGUGCAUGGAUAUACAUAAACGACCCUAUAUAUUUUUAAUUAUCACACGAGAAACGCUCGAGACGUAUUUGGCUUGAAUCUCCACUUUUUGAACAACCGAGAACAAUUAAAAAGCCCUUGUUGGAGUUUUGAUUAAGUUAAAAUGAUCAAAUAUCAUACGGUUGUGUGUGUGUGUGUGUGCGUGCAUGUUCAGUUUUGUAUGAGCGUACAUCCUUAUUGUUCAUCUUUUUGAUGCCUUUACGUCAGACUAGAAGUUAAAUGUUCCAUUUGUCUUUCCCCAAAUGUAAAUAUUUUCUAAUUUAUGUUGUAAUUUAAUGGGAUUUGUAAAUAUUGGUACAAUUAUGGUGUUUGGUUCCACUUUUUAAAAAGAUGUGUUAAGCUUUUAUAAUGGGUUUUUUUUUUUUUUUUUUUAAUCAUAUAGUGGUUAGGCUCUGGGAUGGAUAUUCUUUAUAGAUAUGUGUAAUAUUGGUUUAAAGCUGUAGGAAUAAAAACUCAACACUCUUGAA